AUGUUUUAUGUACCUCAAAACAUUUCAAACAUAUCCAACAGAAUUAAUAAAUAUAAAAUAAAUUACUUGACAACAUGUAGAAGUUAUAAUAAGAUAUUCUGUUUAAUACAUAAGUCGAUAAGUAGUUCUAAAAGAAAUAUAAACAACAUAAGAACAGUGGAUACAUUUACGGAUAAACAAAUAUAUGAUGAACAUGUUAAGUUGCUGAAAUGUGUUUUAAGACUUGAAAAAGAUUUUCUUUUUAUUUUAAAGAGUAAGAAAAAUAAAGAAUGUGUUAUAAAUUCUAAUAAUAUAUAUUAUAAUAAUAAUAAUAAUAAUAUCAUAAAUUAUGAUCAUAGUACAAAAUAUAAUGGUGAUAAUGGUGAUGAUGAUGCAGCUAUUGAGAAAUGUAGCCCGCCUUUACUUAAUACUAAUGAAAAGAACAUAAAAAAAAAUAAAAUUUUAUUAUAUAAUAAGAUAAAGAAAUUAAUAGAUAAAAAAUGUAAUAAUAUAAUGAGCAUAUUAUUGAAUAAAUCAUAUUUUACAGUAUUAUUAUCAUGUGUUAAUAUAAUAAGAAAUAAAGAUAUUUUUAAUAUAUAUUUGUUUAAAUGUUUAUAUCUUAAUAAUCAAUGGAUACAUAUAUUAAAUUAUAACAUGGUAGUAUCUCUAUUUUUAAACGUAUCUACAUUAUAUUGUGAAGAAGAAAAAAUAAAUAAAUACCGUAAUACGUAUCAUAAGCGUCAUCCGUAUCAUAUUUUAAUAUAUAACUUUUUAUGUAUAGAAAACAUUUGUAAUGUAUAUAAAAAUAUACUACAGGUUAUUAUACCACUUCUUAUAAUAUGUGAUAAAAAACUGGAUAGUACGCUUUCUUUUAAUAACUUGAUUAAAAUAAUAAUUAUGUUUUUUAAAAUUCAUAGACGAAAUGCUCUUCUCGUUACGCAUAGUAAUAUAGAAGAGUUGAUUAUACACAAGCGAAUAUCUUUUCUUAUCUAUAAAAUGAAUAGGGGAAAUAAUAAUAUCCAACAUGAUGAUAUAAAUAAUGAGACGAAUGAUGUUAAAAAUAAUAUAUAUGGUAGGAAAAAAAAAAAUAAAAACAUAUAUGGAAAUAAUAAUAAUAAUAAUAAUAAUAAUAAUAAUAAACAUAUGAAUAAAUCAAUUAGUACAAACAUAUUAAACAAAUAUAUAAAAAAUGAACAUAUUGUUACAAAACAUGUUAUUAGAACAGAUGAAAAAAAGAAGGAAUUGUUCUUUUGUACAUUUGUGAAUAUGACUACAUUAUUAUAUGAAAUCAUCUUGUUUUAUAAAAACAUAUCAACAAAUAAUAUAAAAAUAAAUUAUGAAUAUAUAGAUGAUACAUGGAAUAAUAUAAUAACCAAUAUAAUAAUAUAUAUAAAAAAUAAUAUACCUAUGGAAAGAAUAAAAAAGGAAACACAUUUACAAUCAAUAAUAUCUUUAUUAUAUAGUUUGACUGUAUUGAAUUAUAGCAAAUUAUAUGAAAACAUUUUUUAUAUAUUUGAAAGGUCUGUCGAUAUUAUACAUGACCUUUUUAAACAUAACAUGAGGAAAAUUAAUAUAAUGACAUUUGAUGAAUUGAAAAAUGAUUUGAAUGUUUCGUUUGUUAAUAUGUGUAAUGAUGAUAAUAAUAAUAAUAAUGAUGAUGAUAAUAAUGGUGAUGAUGAUAAUAAUAAUAAUGAUGAUAAUAAUGGUGAUGAUAAUAAUGAUGAUAAUAAUGUGAUCAAAUAUAAACAUUCCAAUGUGGAACCUAAAAAAUAUAACAAGGUAAAAUAUAAUAUGUAUAACACAUUUCAUAGAAACAUAAAAUUUAAAUAUAAACAAAAUAUAGUACAUAAUUAUUUGAAUAAAAUAGAUCCACUUCUUUAUAAUAAUUUUUUAUUCGUUUAUGUUCCUGAUUUAUUAUACUCACAAGAUAAUUGUACAGACAUGUUUACGUUAGAUGAGUUAACAAAGCUACUAUAUGCUCUUUCAUAUUAUCAGAAGGAAAUAGAAAAACAAAAGAAAAAUAAUAAAAGAAAAAUAUAUCAUAUUAAAGAUAUUAUUAUAUCUUUAUUACCUUAUGUCAACACUAUAGUUGAACGACAAAUAUUCAAAUUGCUUGUUAAUAAAAAUAAUAAUAUAUGUAGUAAAAUAAAAAACAUAGAAACAUGUAAUCUAAAUAUAUAUAAUAACGUAGAUCCUGUUGUAUAUAAAAAUAAACUUGCUGUGGGAAAAAUGGAAAAAAAUAACUAUGAUAAGAAUACAUGUUCUAUAUUAUCAUCUUAUAAAAAUUAUCUUAAUAUAUGUAAUGAUAAUACAUAUGUGGCUCAUUCCUCUAUCUAUUGUAUUGAAAAAAAUUUAAGUCAUUUGUUAAAUAUUUAUUACCAACACAAAAUUGUAGAUAUUAAAAUGUUCUAUAUCUUAACCUUUUUAUUAGCUAUGCCGAAAAAAAAGUAUAUAGAUUUAAUUAUUUUUAGUAAUAUAAUAAAUGCCUUAUCUAAAAUGUGUUAUACAUAUGAAAUGUAUGUCGUCCUUUUUUAUUUUGUUAAUAAGGUAUGCGGAAUAAGAAUUAGUGAAUAUGUCUUAAGUAAAUAUUUUUUUAGAAACGGGUUGGUGUUAAAGACUGUUGAAGAGGAGGAAAAAGAGGAAGAGGAAGAAAAAGAAAAGGAGAAAGAGGAAGAGGAAGAAGACGAAAAAGAGGAAGAAGAAGAUAAAGAGAAAGAAAAAGAGGAAGAAAAAGAGGAAGAAAAAGAUAAAGAGGAAGAAGACGAAAAAGAUAAAGAGAAAGAAAAAGAGGAAGAGAUCCAAAAAAAGGUUAAAAAAGAAAUCCAAAAAAAGGUUAAAAAAGAGAACCAAAAAAAGGUUAAAAAAGAGAACCAAUAUGAGGAAAAAAAAAAAGGUGGUGCUAAUAAAAUUCUUCCCUUUUAUAUUUGGAGAUCGUUUUUAAAAAAUAUACAAUUUAAUGUAAAAGAUCAACAUAUGUUAAAUAGUUUAGUUCCUGUUAAUAUAAUCAAAAUAAUGAAUGGAUUAAUUUUUUACAAAAUUAUGGAUAAAAAAUUUAUAGAAAGCAUUAUGUCAAAAAUUGAAAAGGCAUAUGUAUGCAAGGGGUCAGAAGUAAAUUUCUCAAGGAAUAGAAAAAAUAAUUAUAGUAAUAAUAAUGAAUCAUCUGAAAAGAUAGAUGUGUAUAAUAAAACAUAUGAAAUAAAAAAAAAUAAAAAUAUGUAUAAAAAGAUUAGUAGUAAUGAUAAAUAUAUGUUUAAGAAUGAAAAAGAAAAAUUUAAUUUUAUUUGUCUGAAUACCCUUCUGAAUUACAUGAGUUAUACGAAUGAUAUCCAAUAUUAUAAUAUAAAAGUUCAUUUAAUAAAGAUGAUAAAAAAUAUUAUAAUUAAAGAUGAAAAAAAGAUAGAUGUUAGAUUAUUAUGUAGUAUAUUUAUAAGUUAUACAAGAUUGAAUAUAUAUGACAAGAUAUUAUUUUAUAAUAUUUAUAAAAAAUUACAAACCCAAAAAUUAAAUUUUGGAAAUAUUAUAAGUAUCCUUUCCUAUAUGAAUAAAACGGCAAUAUAUGAUAAACAUAUUUUAUUUACAUGUUGUAAAGAUAUAUUUAAAAAAAUAAAUGAUAAAAAUAUAAUACAAAAUAAUCAAUUAUCACAUUUAAUUCAUUUCUUAUUUAUAUUAACAUCCAUAUCUCAAUUAUUUUUAUUUAACAAAUUUCAUAUUGUUUUAUCAUAUAUAUUUAGGAUACUUUAUUAUAUUUAUGUUUAUAUAAAUAAUCAACUAAUAAUAACAAAAAAAAAAAAAAAAAAUCAAUCUUUUCAACAUGUUAAUAUAAACAUUUCUUCAGUAAUAACAACACCAUUACCAAAGAACUUUAUUUCAAUGUUUGACAUAAGCUUAAAUAUUCUUUAUCACUUUUUUUUAUUAAUACCCUUACAUAAUCAUAAGAAUGUAAUCGAAUGUGUCAACAUAUCACACCUGAAUAUUCUUAAUUCGUUAUUAUCUUACAAAUAUAAACACAAAUAUCACGUUGCUCCAACACCCUCGGAUAUACAAAGAAGUGUACUAAACAUAGUAAACAAAAUGCUCCUUGGACAUGGAAAUAUAAAGGUAUCUUACGAGUAUAAAAUGCAUAACAUGCCUUAUCAAAUAGACAUUUUAAUAAUAAAGGGUGUUUAA